AUGGCUCGCAAGUUCUUCGUCGGCGGCAACUUCAAGAUGAACGGCUCCGUGUCGUCCAUCAAGGAGAUUGUCAACAACCUGAACAAGGCCAACCUCGACUCCUCUGUUGAGGUCGUCGUCUCCCCCAGCGCCAUCCACCUGGUCCUCGUCCGCGACGCGCUCCGCCCCGAGAUUGGCGUCGCCGCCCAGAACGUCUUCGACAAGCCGAACGGUGCCUUUACCGGCGAGCUGUCCGUGUCGCAGCUCCUCGACAGCAAGGUCGACUGGGCCAUCCUGGGUCACUCGGAGCGCCGCACUGUCCUCAAGGAGGCCGACGAGCUCGUCGCCUCCAAGACCAAGUACGCCACCGAGAACGGCGUCAGCGUCAUCUGGUGCUGCGGUGAGUCCCUCGAGGAGCGCGAGGCCAACAGGACCAUUGCCGUCGUCAGCAAGCAGCUCGAAGCCCUCAAGGCCAAGGUCAGCGACUGGUCCAAGAUUGUCAUUGCCUACGAGCCCAUCUGGGCCAUUGGUACCGGCAAGGUCGCCACCACCGAGCAGGCUCAGGAGGUGCACAAGGCCAUCCGCGAGUGGCUCAAGACCAACGUCAGCGACAAGGUCGCCGAGGAGACGCGCAUCCUGUACGGCGGCAGCGUCAACGAGAAGAACUGCGCCGAGCUGGGCAAGCAGCCUGACAUUGACGGCUUCCUCGUCGGUGGUGCUUCGCUCAAGCCUGCCUUCGUCGACAUUAUCAACUCCAGCAAGCUGUAG